AUGACUACUUGCCUUGAUUUUAUUGAUAAUUGUGCGACUGAACUCUUGGGAACACAGGAAUCAGAAUUUCCUUCGAUUUUGGCCCAAAUUCGUCUUCCUCUAAUUAAAGUUAACGAUUUAUUUGAGCAUGUUAGAGAAUCAUCGCUUAUUUCUCCUGAUCAAAUACUUGAUGCAAUUAAAGAUCAAAACACUUUAAGCAGUUCACAACUUAAAUACAGAGGAUUUUUAUUUCCUGGAAUAAAUAUCGCAACAGUUUCCUUUGGUGCAAAAGUAAUUUCUGGCGAUUUCCGAACAGCUUUGCUUUCAAAUCCGAGUAAUUAUGACGAAGGAGUUCCAACUGAUCGCACAUUUUCUAAACAUUUGAUAAAUCCAAGAGAUCCGGGAAUAACGGUCAGUAUUGACAAAAAUGAUUGGGUACGAGUUAUUGAUCACACUCUAUACUUAUGUCGUUCAAAACAAAAUCUUUUCUUUGAAUCAAGAGUUGUGAAAUUUAUUAGAAUUGUUGGAACCCUUAGUUCUGUAAAUAAUACAUUUCAACUUUGCAAUUUUGAGGCAUUGUGUUCAACAGAACAAUUUGAAAUCGAUACAAAAACAACGUUACAAAUACCUCGUUCUAAUGUUGCUACAAUAUCAAAUAAUGCAAUUGUUACAGAAGGAGUUUCAAGAAGUCGAAAUGCUCUUUUAAAUGGAGAUACAACAAAUUAUGAUUGGGACAAUGGAUAUACCUGUCAUCAAUUAGGUUCCGGUGCUUUAGUAGUUCAAUUACCGCAACCGUAUUUAAUCGAAACAAUGAGAUGUUAUUCUUUUUAUGUUGAAGUUUCAGUUGAUCAAAUAAAGUGGACUAAAGUUGUGGAAUUCAAUGAGUGCAGGAGCUGGCAAAUUGCUCAAUUUGAAAGGACAUCUGUAGUAUUUGUUAGGAUUGUUGGAACUUAUAACUCAGCAAAUGAAGUUUUUCAUUGUGUACAUUUUGAAUGCCCAGCAAUGGAUAUAAACGAAGCAAUUGAAGAAGAAAGAAUGAAAAAAGUCCAGAAUGUUAAAGCCUCCGUAACUGAUUAUUGUUCUCGAGCAUCAACAAGUAAUAUUAGUAAUGAAAGAAGUAAUCUAAUUAACAAACAAGAAAAUGGACAAUGUAAUAAUUUUCUGGGCAUUACGGAAAAUGAUAAUAUUUUGGAAGUUGAAGAAAAUGAUAAAGAAGAAAUAAUAAAAGAAAAUGAUGAGGAUGAUGAGCAGGAAGAACAAAAUGAUGGAAUUGAAAAUAAUAAUCUCACUAAAUCCGUUAAUUUGUUUGGAAAUUGGCUGCGGUUCUGGAAUUGUGACCUGGUGAUUUGUACUGAUUUAAAUUUAUCGGCCUUGAAGUGUACAGAAAGUACAGCAAAACUAAAUUCUAUUGGAUUAGAAUUUUUGGAAUGUGUUCAGUGUGAUGCUAUUGGACCUUUGCUUCCAAGAUUAUAUAACUCUUUGGAUUUACUUUUACUAAAUCCUCCAUAUGUUCUUACGGAAGAAAAUCCAGAAAAUGAAAAGGACAUUUGCUUUGCUGGUGGACCUGAAGGACGCAAUUUAUUAAAUAAAUUAUUACCUUUUAUUUCUAAAUUACUUUCUCCAAAUGGAGUAUUUUAUCUUGUAGCCAUAAAAGAAAAUAAUAUUGCUGAUUUAAUUUCAACUAAAAAUAGCAAUUUAAAAUCAUCGAUACAGAAAUCUUGCAUUAAAGAAAUUCAAAUAAAUACACCAAAAACGGGAACAAUUACCUCAAAUAAAAUAACACUUCAUUUAAAGCCGGUUGGCAACGCACCUCAACUGAGAAAAGAAUUUACAAAGUAUAAAGUUGACCCGAAUUGGACAAUAUUUAAUUUACAACAAACUCUAAAAAAACUCUUAGGUGUUAAAACCGAUCCUAUUUAUCUUUUUAUUAAAGAAGCAUUUGCUCCAAGUCCAGAAAGCACUAUUAAUUCUCUAUAUCAAUGUUUUGGGACUGACGGUGGAAUUUUGUAUAUUCAUUAUGGUUUAACACCAGCAUGGGGAUGA